GGUAUUUUGGGGUAUAGUUUAACAGACUGUAAUUCGUCACCUACACAUACAUGUUUUUGUGUCUUCGAUCCAUCAUUUCCUCUUUAAGCUUAUCUCUCUUCCUUCCUCUGUUCAUCCAUUCACUCAUUUCAUGACCAUCAAUUUGUAAACAAAAGCAUCAAAUUAUCACGUUUUCAUCAUAUCUGGGGUUCACAAUUCUCGCUAUACCAUGGGUUCUGCUACUGAUUUUCGGUGUUUAGAGCAACUUUGGGCUGGAAUUAUGUGAAAUGAGGCAAAUGCGUGUGUUUGUGAAGGGGUUAUAAAGUUAGGAUAUGGGUGUUCCUUGGAAAAGUUGCUCUUUAAUUGUCCGUUAGUUUACAAAGAAAGAAAGAGAAUCAGAUUCCAGAAGUUACAACGGUCUGCGAUUCUGAAGCUUUUUUGCUAAAAGUCUUAUUUUGGAUCCCAUAUUGAGGAUCUGAUUUUAUCACAUUUAUGCAUCAUCGAUGGGGCUUCCAUUUCGAAGUCUCACGAUGCUGCUUCUUCUUCUACUGAUUUGGUGGUCAACAAGUGAAGCUCAAACACUUAGGGCUCUUGAUGCUAUUCUCCAGGACUAUGCUUAUCGUGCAUUUCAUCGACCCAGAACUGGCCGCCCCUAUGAUGGGGUCCCCCCUGCAAAUUUGUCCGGAAUUCAGAUAUCCGCAUUGAGGCUUCGAAGUGGUAGCUUGUUUACUCGAGGUGUUCGACAGUAUAAGCAGUUCUCAAUCCCAGUUGGGGUCAUUGGAACUCCUUAUGUGGAGAGGCUGGUUCUGGUGUAUCAAAACCUUGGCAAUUGGUCCACAACGUAUUACCCUUUGCCUCCUGGAUACAUGUAUCUAGCGCCUGUAUUGGGUCUUCUAGCUUAUGAUGCGUCAAACUUAUCGGCUACAAACCUGGAAGAACUCGAUAUUUAUGCCUCUGAAGAUCCCAUCUCGAUAGAGUUUACUCAAGUGCAACCGGUGCGUGAUGCACGGUGCGUGUGGUUCGAUCUAGAUGGGCGUAUAAACUUCACAAAGGUGGUGUCUGGCAACAAGUGUCUGACUUACGAACAAGGGCAUUUCUCUAUUGUAGUCGAAUCCACAGCCCCAUCGCCUGCACCAGUGCCGCAACCACAUCAAGGCGGUGGGGGGAAGGGUUGGAUUAUUGGUGGGUCUGUACUCGGUGGGGUUGCAUUGUUGGUGUUGUUGGCAUUGCUGAUCCUGUGGGUGUGGAGAUUUAAUAAGAGGAAGAAAGUGCAUAAAAUGGAGAAGGCUGCAGAUGCUGGUGAAGCACUGCAUAUGACCGCAGUUGGGAACACGAAAGCACCAGCGGCUACAACCACUAGAACACAGCCAAGUCUGGAAACUGAAUAUGUUCCAUGAACUUCAUAUUCUAAGGUUGGUUGGUUGGUUCAUUCUUUGGUAAAGUUGUGGGUGUCCUGUGUGUGUGAAUUAUUCAAUCUCACAAAAGCUGUUCAUAGUUUGAUGAUUUGUUGUGUGCAUUCUAGGUGUUUAGUCAAGAGUGAUUCUAUUUAUGGUAAUUUUUCAGUGAAUAAACUUUCAUUACAAUAUUUGAAUCUUUUGUAGCAAUCAGGUGUUUUUGUA